AGAUCGGACUAUGAAUACCGGCCGCAGUCUAACUUCAAAACUCCUCGUGUUCUUGUCGAUUCUUGUCUCAUGGCGAGAAACGCAAAUAAACUUGAUAAAUCACGCUAGGACACAAGUAGAAUUUAAUAACUUGAUUUUGAUUAUUAAUGCAAACAAAGAUGCCACUGUUGUCAACUGAUUUGGUAAUCCCAUUACAUCAUGCUAGGCUGAUUUCGUCUCGAAACGUAUUGUUCGCAUCAUUUUAUUGUCUUGCCAUUUCGUCGCAAAAAGUUACUGAUAACAAUUGGAAAGAGAUCUGUUUCCGGAAAUCGCAAAAAAAUGCUGUCCAGCUUUUCAUUCACAUUGUUGAAUUUGACUCAAAUUUCUCGGAAUUUACAAGCAACAACCUUAUGCUUCAUUUGCUCACGAUUGACUUGUGACAUUGCAACUAGCUGAGACGUAUCAACUAUGGAAGACGCAUCAACUAUGGAAGACGCAUCAACUAUGGAAGAUGCAUCAACUAUGAAGAAUGCAUCAAGUAGGGAGGAUGUGUCAAGUAUGGAGGACACAUUAAGUUCGGAGGACGCGUCAAGUGUAGAGGACGCAUCAAUUACAGAGAAUGCAUCAACCAUGCGGUUACUUGAGUACCAAAUACCUGUCUACCAUCUACCUGACUACCUCACUAAUUGUAAGAUUUAUAAUCCGCUGUCAGAUGUAAAUAUAACAGUGGAUGGAUUGGUGCUGCAAGUGCUAUACGGAAGCGAGACGGGAACUGCACAGGAUGUCGCUGAACAGAUUUGGAAGAGUGCACAAAGAAAACAAAGGCAAAGCACUGUAUCAUCUGUGGACGAAUACGAUAUGCGAAACCUGUCUUCCAGACAACUAAUUGUCUUUGUUGUCGCAACUACUGGACAAGGAGAUCCUCCAGCUAAUAUGAAAACAUUCUGGAAACGUCUACUAGGCAAGAGUCUGCGGACAGAUCUGCUGGAAAAUCUAAACUAUGGCAUACUUGGUUUGGGUGAUAGUUCCUAUCCAAAAUUCAACUUUGCUGCAAAGAAAUUAAACAAACGUCUUGCACAGUUGGGUGGCAAAGAAUUAUUACCCAUUGGACUUGCUGAUGAUCAACAUAAUUUGGGAAUUGAUGCUGUAGUGGAUCCCUGGAUUAAAGAAUUGUGGGAAAAAAUUGCAAAAGCAUUUAAAAUUUCUGUAGAAGACAAAAUUCAGGAAAAUUUGAUAAUUGAAAAAUAUCAUGUUUCCAUAUGUAAUUCACAUAUUUUACAUUCAGGCAUUCUAGAUGACGGAUUGAUUUUAUGUCCAUCAAUGAGUGAUAUCUAUUAUGAAGAAAUAAAAACAAAUGUGAAUAUUAAAAUAGGAUCAAUAUAUAACAAUGUAAGAACUACUUCAACAGAUCAUUUUCAAGAAGUUAGAUUAAUUACUAUUGAAUUACCAUAUAAAAUUAAGUACAAUCCUGGAGAUGUUAUUUAUGUUAGACCAAAAAAUUCUAUAGAACAAGUGAGGCGUUUUUUUAAUAUACUUUACAGACACAAUAUACAACUGUUUCCAAAUACAAUAGUUGAAGUAAAAAAGAAAGAAAUAAAAGUUCCACUUGCUUUGCAAUGUCGUUUAUCUUUAAAGGAAAUAGUUGAACAAUAUUGGGAUCUGAAUUUUAAGCCACGACGAUCUACAAUGCAUACUUUGUCUCUUAUCAGUGAGGAUAAAUUAGAAAAGGAAAAAUUAUAUGAAUUUGCUAGUCCAUGUGGCCAAGAAGAGCUUUAUAAUUAUAUAAACAGGCCAAGAAGAAAUAUUUUGGAGGUCCUCGUGGAUUUUCCUCAUACAACUAGUAAACUAAAUAUUCAAUUAUUAUUUGAAAUUAUGUCACCCAUAAGACCACGUCCUUAUAGCAUCGCUUCUAGCUCAAAAGCUACUCCAGAUAAGAUUCAAAUUUUAGUAGCAGUAGUUGACUAUAAAACUAGAUUAUUGGAGCCAAGAUUUGGUUUAUGUUCAAAAUGGCUAAAAAAUUUAAAAAUAAAUGACAAAGUGACAUUUCGGAUUCAAAAGGGAACUUUUCGAUUUGAAGAUAAUAAGCCAAUAAUUAUGAUUGGUCCUGGAACUGGAGUUGCUCCAUUUAGAUCAUUUCUUUUGGAGGAAGAAGAAAAGAAAAAAGACUUGAAGGAAUGCAUCCUGUUUUUCGGGUGCCGAAAGAAGGAUAAGGAUUAUCAUUGCAGGGAAGAUUUUGAACGCUUAGCAGAGAAGACAAAUUUGAAAGUGUUUUGUGCAUUUUCUAGAGAUCAAGAUUAUAAAAUAUAUGUGCAACAUAUUAUUCGUGAACAAAGAGAGCUAUGUUGGCAAUUUUUGCAAAAUGAUGGCAGUAUUUACUUGGCAGGAAGCUCAGAACCUGUACGUCUUUCACCAGGAUGGGAAGGCACUGGUAGACCUGACGACGAACUUAAUUUUAAGGGUGUUACAAUGGAUCAAGCAGAUCUCGAAUUGAAUCCUCCUAGAGAUAGAUUAAAUUUAGUAUUUUGCAUCCUAGUUCUUCAUGGAAUCGGUGUUUUAAUGCCAUGGAAUAUGUUUAUAACAGCUAAAGAGUAUUUUGUGAGUUACAAAUUAUCUAAGGAAUACACUGGUGUAGAUACAAACUAUGCAACAAAUUUCCUUGCAAAUCUGGGAUUUGCUGCGCAAAUUCCAAAUCUAUUGUUUAAUUGGCUGAAUGUAUUUUUACAACUUGGAGGCAAUUUGACAACACGCAUAGUAUGGAGCAUCUUUGUAUUAGUCUUGAUAUUUGUUUUUACUGUUGUCUUAGCGAUGACUGAUAGUUCUGGCUGGCCUGGAGUAUUUUUCUGGAUCACUAUGAUAUCCGUUGUUAUAUUAAAUACUGCUAAUGGUAUUUACCAGAACUCAGUGUUUGGAAUGGCAGCAAAACUGCCCAUCAAGUACAUAGGCGCUGUUGUUUUAGGCUCGAAUAUCAGUGGAACUUUUACAGCCAUAAUAAACUUCCUUGCACAAAUAAUGGCGCCGAAUGCGCGUACUGCCGCUAUAUAUUACUUCAUUACGGCUUUGUUUAUCCUACUGGCUUGCUUUGACACAUAUUUUGCACUUCCAAUUAAUAGAUUUUAUCGAUAUCACGAGCUGCUAUAUCAGAAAGAGGCGAACAAGAGACAAUUAGAAAACAGUUCUAGGGGAAGUAACAGGCCACCAUAUUGGACAGUAUUUAAAGCGUGUUUCCCACAAUGUUUUAACACGUUUUUAAUUUUCUUUGUGACUCUAGCGCUUUUCCCAUCAGUGCAAUCUGAUAUAAAAUUAUCAGAUAAGAAUUUCAUAAUUCCAUUUGAAUAUUACAGCAGUGUUAUGUGUUUUUUAACAUUUAACAUCACUGCCAUGCUUGGAAGUUUAAUAGCGUCAAUAGUUCAGUGGCCCAGUCAAAAAUAUCUAGUAAUUCCAGUAGUACUACGACUUGCUUAUAUACCAUUGUUUUUACUUUGCAACUAUCAACCAGCUCAUGUAGAGAGAUCAUUACCCAUAUUUAUUGAUAAUGAUUGGAUUUUCUGGAUCAUUGCUAUCACUAUGGGUUUUAGUAGUGGCUAUCUAUCGUCAUUAUCAAUGAUGUACUGUCCUAGAAUGGUGGAUUCACAGCACGCAGCGACAGCUGGCAUGUUUGGAGCAGCAUCUUUAAUUACAGGGCUCUUUACAGGAAUUCUAUUUUCCAUGUCAAUGCCGAGUUUGGUGGCCAACAUAACGUUUUGAUUGUUUUGAAACUAAAAUUUAGUAUCACAAUAUGCUUGUAUUUACUCAGGAGUUAGAAAAGGAUUGAAAAUUGAAAGAUGUUGGAACGUUUCUCUUAUUUGAAUUAAAAAUGAGCAAUUUCUAUUUCUUAAGAAAAAAAUAGCAUUUUAAGAGCAGAAAUGAGGCUACUGCUCUUCAAUGCGAAAUAAGAGAAACAUUUCGAAAUGUUU